CGAUGUACAGCGAUCGAAAUCUAUUUAUAUCUUACCAACUUUUAAGAUUAAUGACAAAAGAGUACCGAUAAAUAUCUGGAUUCAAUAAUUUAAAAACGGUAGUAAUAACCGCAAAAAUUGUACGAAUGUGGAACGGUCCUACAUUGUCGUCUCCCCAACCUGAUCGUCUGCCUCGUAGCUAUCGUAACUAGGUUACAAGUGCAGUUUACUGUUUCCGUACAUGCGCAGUAAGUAGAAGGUCAGCUGUGGCGGGAAUCACGUGUAUACUUGGAAUUGGCGGCUUGAGAGAAGUCAAAGAUGACGACCCCGAAGUCUCGAGAUGGUCUUCUCUUCUAUCAAGGUCGACCGUCUCUCUUUUAUCCGGCUGUUCUGGUGGAGGAACAACAUCCGCAUUAUCCUCGUACGUUGAUUUCCGAUUUGGGUAUGUGUAAGCUGCUCUGUUCGGUUUUUCUUCUCAUAAGUGGAUCCGUAGCUGUUACCUCAGACUUUAUGAAUUCUUAUGGUACGGGUAUUUGGGCUGGUAUAGCUGUUGGAAUCAACGGAAUCUUGGCACUCGCAGUAGGAAGAGAACCCACAAACGUCAGACGUUGGUGCGCCCUUUUUGUAGUCACAGUCGUUGGAGAACUUGCAAUUGGUCUGCUGAUUGUCUUUGCAACUGUAGGGCUAACAAGAUCCAUAACUAGACGCGACGAAACUGAAGACCCUAAUAGAAGGAACCUCUUUAUUACGAUAUACGCUGUACUCUUGGCUUUGGCACUUAUCGAUUCGGUUCUAUCCCUCAUCUGUUUCAUCAUAAGCAUUCGCAGAGGUAUCCCUUGUAUAAAGUCCGAAUCGAAUAUAGAAGUGGAGAAAAAUUACGAUAAGGGAUGGAAGGAUAACGAUAGCGUGUGUUCUUCUAGUUCUCCCAUUUGUAAAUCAGAAGAUGUUCCAUCGUUAGUUCCAAAUUAUGUGCCCAAGCCGGAAGCGGAUGAGCAAGAAGACUUAUCCAGCUCUGUCUAUAAGGCUCUGGAUAAGUACUUGGCUUUGGAUUAUCUAGAAAAAUCGUCGUAUAAAAAUCAAUCUACGAAGAAUUAAUGAAAUUUGCUCAAAUUAGUGACGUAAAUUAACAGAUUCUGUUAAGUUUAACGUAACUUUUUCAAAGCUCAGGGUUUGUAUCAUGAGAAAACGACGGAAGUGUACUUGUUUAA